UGAUUGUACACGGGAAGACAUGCAUGGAUUAGCUUGGUAAUAGGAUAAGAUGCCGGCGGAGGUUCUGUCAGAGAAUUAGGAAAUGGCGGGAAUCAGUUCUAACGCGCGUUUUAAUACAACGAUCAAUCUUAAAAGGAUUCAUGGCGUACGAUGCUGCUCGGUUGCACCGGAUAAGAGAACCCCAAAGAUAUUGAAAUUUGCAGUUAGCGGAGUCACUGAGCUUUUGAGGCUCUUCUCCUCUUCCUCAGCCGCAAGAGACAGAUUGGAUGCAGUGAGCUCUAGACCGAAAGAGGAGAUCUCAGUUUCGGGUGUUGAUGACGUGGUAAUGGUUCUCAAGUCUGAUUAUGAGAAUGCUUAUUUUGUUACAGGAAUUUUCACUUCUUCACUUUAUGCAGAAGACUGCAUCUUUGAAGAUCCAACUAUUAGAUUCCAAGGGACAGAGUUGUAUGCACGCAACUUAAGAUUGCUUGUUCCCUUUUUUGACCAACCAUCUAUUGGGUUGCAAGACAUCAAGAAGGGCAUAGAUUCUGAGAAAAGCUUCGUGCUUGCAACAUGGAAAUUAAGAACUUACUUGAAACUCCCAUGGAGGCCUCUUAUUUCUAUUGAUGGAAAGACAGUCUACGAUUUAGACAGCAAGUUCAAAAUUGUUAGGCAUGCUGAGAGCUGGAAUGUUUCUGCAUUGCAAGCAAUUGGACAGAUUUUCACCCCAAGUUUUGGAAGGCCUGCUUAUUAUUAUGCUGGAGUUUGGUGACAUCUGAGCGCAUGGCUGUUGCCUCGGCUGCCUCCCUCGUUACUGUGGCAGCUGUCCUGUGCCAUUCUCGCUGUGGGCCUAAUGAGUAAGCAUUUUGAACUUUUCUGAUACGUAACUUUUUUUAUACUCUUUUUUCAUUUAAAUAUUAGGUUUUAGAAUAAUUUCAAUUGAAAUUGAAAGUAUAUAUUUUAAAUCUACUAGAAUUAAUAAGAUUUUAAAAGUAACCUUUCGAUUUUACUUAAAAUUAUUUAAAAAAUUUAUUUUUAUCCCAUUGUAUAAACAUUUAUAUAGUCUAAAUAAAUUUUACAUGCACAAGUUAUUGUUUCGAACAUCAGAUAAAUAUUCACUACCAAUAUAACCGCACUGUGAAAAUUCUAAUACAUAAAAUAUGUUACAGAAAAAAGAACAUAGAAAAUAUUUUAAAAUAAUUUACAUAUACCCUAAAAAUUACAAGUUUUAAUUGUGAUAUACGUGCAACUUAGUUAGACCAUUUGCU